GAGCGGUCCCUGGGCUCCCGCUGCCGCCGCCGCCACCACCGCCGCCGCCGCGCCCCGGCCGCGCUCCGCGAGGACCCGGCGUCUCUGCGCGCCCGCCCGCGCCUCGUUGCUGGGCUCACCGUACCGGGCGCCCCGCCGCCGCCGCCGCCGCCUCCCCGCUCGCAGCCGCGCCGCCCGGGUCCCAGCCGCGGCCAGUCUUUCCUCCCGGAGCAGCCGUCGCGAGCCCAGGGGGUUUGAGAGGGGCCGCGGGCCGUGGGGGGAGGCCCGAGCGGGGCCGGCCGCGCCGGCAGGGGAGGUUGGAGCGACGCUGAGCUCGGGGCUCGCCGGCGGCCGCGGCGCCGGGGGUGGCGAGGGCCGGGCGACCGCUCGCUCCGCGCUGCCUCGGUGCAGGGCGAGCGGCGGGGGCUUUUGCAGUGGCCGCCGCCGCCGCCGCCGCGGGAGGAGGGGGCUGAGCUGGCUCCGGAGUUGGCCAAAGAAGCCACCUGGUUCACCCGGUUCAUCCUCCCUUCCCGAAGCUAGCCCUCGAAGGCAGAAGCAGCCGGCGCCUUCGGCAGAGGAGGAGGAGGAGGAGGUGGAGGAGGAGGGAUCGCGUCGGGCGGAGCUUCAGGUCCUGUUCUCCUCUCCGGCUUCUCCAUACAAAGAUUACGGUGCAGAAGGAAAUUGCACUCGCCUCCUCCGCCCCCCGGUACCCAGCACAAUGCACCAGCCGCCGGAGUCCACUGCCGCGGCGGCCGCCGCUGCAGACAUUAGUGCUAGGAAGAUGGCGCACCCGGCAAUGUUCCCUCGAAGGGGCAGCGGUGGUGGCAGCGCCUCUGCUCUCAAUGCAGCAGGUACCGGCGCCAGUGGUGCUGCUCCAUCUUCUGAGGAUUUUCCUCCUCCUUCGCUGCUCCAGCCGCCGCCUCCUGCUGCAUCUUCCACGCAGGGACCACAGCCUCCGCCUCCACAAAGCCUGAACCUCCUCUCGCAGGCUCAGCUGCAGGCACAGCCUCUUGCGCCGGGCGGAACUCAGAUGAAAAAGAAAAGUGGCUUCCAGAUAACUAGCGUGACUCCGGCUCAGAUCUCUGCCAGCAUCAGCUCUAACAACAGCAUGGCAGAGGACACCGAGAGCUACGACGAUCUGGAUGAGUCUCACACGGAAGACCUGUCUUCUUCCGAGAUCCUUGAUGUGUCGCUUUCCAGGGCCACUGACUUAGGUGAGCCUGAACGCAGCUCCUCAGAAGAGACUCUGAAUAACUUCCAGGAAGCUGAGACACCUGGGGCAGUCUCUCCUAACCAGCCUCACCUUCCUCAGCCUCAUUUGCCUCACCUCCCACAACAGAACGUUGUGAUCAAUGGGAAUGCUCAUCCACACCACCUCCAUCACCACCAUCACAUCCAUCAUGGGCACCACCUUCACCAUGGACACCAUCACUCAUCCCAUGCUGCUGUGGCCAGUCCAUCCAUUCUUGGAGGGCCGCCCUCGAGCCCAGUGUCCAGAAAACUCUCUACAACUGGAAGUUCUGAUGGUGGGGUGCCAGUUGCACCCACUUCUGCUGUCUCAUCCAGUGGCUUACCUGCAUCUGGGAUGACUAACGUCCACGCUCCAAGUACUACAGGCAGCCUAGGUAUAAGUUCUGUUACCGGCCCGAGUGCAAGGAAUAAUGUUAACGUUGCUGCCGUGGGUAGUUUCAGUCCUAAUGUGACAAGCGGUGUGCAUGGUAAUGCUCAUAUAAGUACAAGCAAUAUUCCUAAUGCUGCUAGUGUAAGUGUUGGGCCUGGAGUUACCGGUGGUGUUAAUGUGAAUGUCUUGAGUGGCAUGGGCAAUGGUACUGUUUCUUCCUCUCCUGUUGCUAACAGUGUCCUUAAUGCAGCUGCAGGUGUCACUGUGGGAGUGGUUUCAAGUCAGCAGCAGCAGCAGCAGCAGCCACCGACAGUUAACACGUCGAGGUUCAGAGUUGUGAAGUUAGACUCUACUUCUGAGCCCUUUAAAAAAGGUAGAUGGACUUGCACUGAGUUCUACGAGAAGGAAACUGUCCUGCCAGCCGCAGAAGGCGUGGCGGUAAAUAAAGCGGUGGAGACUGUGAAGCAGACCCCCACGGAAGUGUCUUCGGAGAGGGAGAGCACCAGUGGGAGUUCAGUGAGCAGUAGUGUCAGCACCCUGAGCCACUACACGGAGAGUGUGGGGAGUGGAGAGAUGGGAGCCCCUACCGCGGUGCCGCCGCCCCCCCCACCGGGCCUUCAAGGUGUGGCCCUCCAGCAGAUAGAUUUCAGUAGCCCUGGUCCACAGAGUCUUGCAGCAGUUAGUAUACCACAGAGUAUUUCUCAGUCGCAGAUGUCACAAGUCCAAUUACAGCCUCAAGAAUUGAGCUUUCAGCAAAAGCCAGGGCUUCAACCUGUACCUCUGCAAGCCGCUAUGAGUGCAGCCGCGGUAAACGUGGUCGGUGUAACGUCAGCCGUAGGUCAGCAGCCUUCCAUUUCCAGUCUGGCUCAGCCCCAGCUGCCGUAUUCUCAGACAGCUCCUCCUGUGCAAACUUCUCUUCCAGGGGCACCACCCCAGCAGUUACAGUACGGGCCACAGCAGCCAAUGGUUUCUACACAGAUAGCUCCGGGCCAUGGCCAGUCAAUGACUCAGAACCCUGCUUCAGAGUAUGUACAGCAACAGCCAAUGCUUCAAGCGCCAGUGUCGUCUGGACAGUCCAGUUCUGCAGGAACGGGAGCAGGACCCUCAGGGAUCCCUGUGCCUCAGCCACAGGGGACCCAGCUGCCAGCGCAGCCCACAGCAGUCCAAGCACAACCUGCGGGGGCAUCUGGGCAGCCCAUUGGCCAGGCUCAAACAGCAGUGUCUGCUCUACCAGCCGGCAGUCAGAUGGCCAGUAUUGGUCCACAAGCAAACAUGCCCACUGCGGUACAGCAGCCAUCUCCCCAAGUUACACCUUCAGUUAUCCCGCAAGGUGCUCCGCCAUCUUCACAAGGAGUUCUACCCGCUCCAGCUGGGAUCCUUCAUCAGGGAGUUCAAACUAGUGCUUCAAGCCUUCCUCAACAACUGGUUAUCGCGCCCCAGAGUACCUUGUUAACUGUGCCUCCCCAGCCGCAGGGAGUAGAAACAGUGGUUCAAGUUGUUAGCCAGCAGUUGCCCGCAGGUAGUCCUCUGCCCGCCGCUAGUAGUAUUUCUGUUACCAAUCAGGUUAGUUCCGCUGGUCCUUCUGGAAUGCCUACUGCCCCAACAAACUUAGUUCCACCACAGAAUAUAGCACAACCCCCGGCUACCCAAAAUGGCAGUGUGGUUCAGAGUGUUAGUCAGUCUCCCUUGAUAGCCACUAACAUAAAUUUGCCUUUGGCACAACAGAUACCACUAAGUUCUACUCCGUUCUCUACACAAUCAUUAGCUCAGGCAAUUGGAAGCCAAAUGGAAGAUGCCAGGCGUCCAGCGGAGCCCUCCUCAGUCGGCUUACCCCAGACUAUGAGUGGAGACAAUGGGGGAGUGUCAGCAGUUUCAGAUGGGAGCAGCAGCCUUGCAGCCUCUGCUUCUCUCUUCCCGUUGAAGGUGCUACCUCUGACAACACCCCUGGUGGAUGGCGAGGACGAGAGCUCUAUUUCAGUGCUUCUCUCCUACCAGAGGUGCAAGGAGUGAUCCUAGAACCACAGAUACAGCCAAGACCACGGAGGCUUUUGACGUCAGGGGGCCACUUUCUCCACUGAACCCUUGGAGACAGAAUAUCCAGCUUCUGGAGAGAGUGGGAAAGGAUAAGAAACAAGUGGGUGCUUUCCAUUGUUUACUUGGGUUUGCUUAGAGUGGAGUGUCCUGCCAUUGUCCAUUUAUUCUGUUGCUAAUCUCCUUGGCUUCUUACAAGAACCAGGCGGGACUGUGACCUCGGUGUUUCUCAGAGUACUAUCUAGUGCCCAUUCUAAAACAAACUACAAGUUAUUUUAUUUCUCUCCAGAUAAUUAAAGCUGCGGCUAAUCUGGGGCAUACGCAUGGUUUGGUCCAUGUCUGUAGUUCACAGGAACUUAAGAAAGGCAGUAAUUUCCCACUUUGGCCUUUAUUGUAACGGUGGACUGGAUAGAGUUCUUUGAGAGUCCAGAAAUUGAAAUUCCUGUGCUUCAUCUUUGGGUGAGCUGGACAUCUGAGAUCUCUUAAUUUAUACAGUUGAAUGUCCAGGUGUCACCCUGCCCUGUUAGUGAGGACUUUGGGUCUUUUCCUCCCGUAAAUGUUAGGCCUUCACACUCAGUCUCUUAGGAGAUGGAAUUGAUGACCAUAGUACUGUUGUGCUUUACUGUUAAAUGUAGGCUUCAUUCUGAAAUACGAACGAGUAUAAGUUUCAGGAUUUAGUGUCCCAGAAAGUUACAUUUAAUACCCUCAAAAGUAGUUUUCUAGUCCCUAGGAAUGACUAGAUUUCUCCUAGGGCAUUAAGAUGGUUCUUUCUUAGUUUCUUUGAUGCCAGGGGUAGGGUGUGAGUCCAGGCAGUUCUUACCAUCUACAGUGGGUAGAAUGUGAAGUUGGUGCUUUGGCAAGUUUUCAUUGUUUCCUUGGUGGCUUCCUUCUGUGACUCCAGGUAUCUUGAUAAUGGGAGACCGGUUUAUUUGUUCUCUAAUUGCCCAGAUUUCUUUCAACUGGUAAAACAUCAUACCUCUUCAGCAAAAGGAACUCUUCUAGCAGAGCCCUCAUGGAUGAUAUCUGUCACACAUGCCAGCACCUGCAGUUUGGAAGGCAGUGGUGAAUGGAUCCAUGCAGUAUGUCUAGAAGACACAAGGAUGAGCCAGCACCUGAUCUUGUUACUUACAAGCUUUUAAAGAUUUACUCUGGUUUAUUUUUGGUCUGAAAAUGGAAAGGCUCAAAUAAUGAAACAAUCUUUUCAUAUUGGAGUUUUAUAUGGCCUGAACAUAUUUCUUAUUCUGAAGACUGAAAUGGAGGAAGCUUGAGAGUCUUGUCUUUCAAAGCAUCCCUCUGUGUCUGUUUCAGUAAAAGGUUUGUGGGACUGAAACCAUUUUAGUCAAGUAGAUAACCGUCACUUUAAAAAAUAGCAUAAAAAUAGAAAAGGCUUGAUGAGCCCCCUCUACCUCCUUUUGUUACCCAGUGCUAAAGGGCACGCAAGUAAAGGGUGAAGCCAACUCUUCAAGAGUCCGUUCAUGUUAGGAUGUACUCUCAGCUCAUCUCAUGCUGGUCCUGAGCCUUAUUCUUACAAAGUCGUAGAACUGUCUCAGACCCACGCACCGGGUCUGUUUUUCCACGUAGGGUUUCCUCUGCACUGAAGGCAUCUCCACUUGAGUGGUGCAGAGCAGUUGGUAUGGAACAGAGGUGAUGCAAAGAGGCAGUGACCUUGCAGGAUAAAGGAAAUGAAUGUAGUUAUCCAAAUCACCAGUGGACAGGAGCUGUCCACGUGUUUGUUUCUUUGGUUAUCUAGUAACUCUCUAGAAACCAGUCAGAGCUACUAAGGAGAACUGUAACAGUCACCUGAUGCUGCCAGUUCCUUUUAAUUUGGAAUAAGUUUUAAGAAGAGAAAUUGUAGAAUUAAUAAUAUAAGAGCCAACUGAAAUGUUAGGCUCUCAAAGCAUAAAAGCUACAUCUGCUAAAAUCUGCUUUUAGUCUUUUUUGGCUAUAAGAACUAUUUUUUCUUAUAAAUUAUAAAUCAUUUUUCAAAAGUAUAAUGCUUAAAAGCAAAUUUGUUAAUUUUGAUUGGCAAAUUUCCUCACAGAACUCUGAAUUCCCAAAGAAUUACAGUUUUGUAUUCCUGACUUAAUAAAAUAGUUCAUAAAUACAUAUAAACAAAAACCAAAUUACCUAACAUUUUAGUAAGAACUCAGGGAGCUGAAAGUGAGAUUUGCCUAGAAAUUGAGUUGCAUUCUUUAAACCACUGUAGAAACCAUUUUAUGGCCUGAGGUCACUAGCCUUUUGUCUCAGCACUGAAGACAGAAAGUGGUUUACCCUCAGAAUCUCAAACAUUAAUUAAUCUCAGCUGUGUUCUUAAAGUUUGCAAAAGAAAUGUCAGUGCAUUUCCAUUACCUCCUGCACUGCAAGCUCUUUCAAAGUGAAACUUUGUAUAUUACUGUGUACUGAUUUGUUUCAACUUUUAAUUUGGAUGCAUUUCCUUUCAGAGUUUUAACGAAUAAUUUCGUGUCACAAUAUGCAAUUCUAUAUCAUUUCCGUGUUUAUUUUAUAAAUAUUAAUAUAAGUGAUUUCUUUUCUAGAAUGAUUAAUUGUGUAAUAUUUGUACUAUG